AUGAGUAUCAAUAGAGAAAUUCUAGAAGAAGAAACACUAUCAGAUGGAUACUUUGAAGAUAAUGAUGCAAGUCGUGCUGACUUAAGUAGCGUGAUUGCUCAAGAUGGAAGCAGCGAAGAUAGUUUUGAUUCUGAAUCUUUGCGUAGUGAAAUAGAUUUGGAAAUCGUAGAAAAUUCUUGUGACUCUUUAUCUGCUUCUGAAGCUUCUGAGUACUAA